UGCGCCUGCGCGGUUAUGGCGGCGCCCGGUUCGGAGAUGGGCGAGCCCGCCGCGGGUGGACCCGAGGAGCUUGUCUGCGCUCGGGGCAGGAACCGCAAGGCAGUCCUCUGCCAGCGUUGCGGCUCCCGCGUGCUUCUGCCUGGAACUGCCACCUUCGCCCGCAGAGAGCUUUUUCUUCCCUCCAUGAAGAAGAAGACAGCACUGGUGGCAAGCAGUGAUCCAGAUGGAGACGUUCUGCAAGACCACUGGCUGGUCGAUGACAUGUUCUCUUUUGAAAACGUUGGCUUCACCAAGGAUGUUGGAAACAUAAAGUUUCUGAUCUGUGCAGACUGUGAAAUUGGCCCUAUUGGCUGGCACUGCUUGGAUGACAAAAAGAGCUUCUAUGUGGCCUUGGAUCGGGUGUCCCAUGAAUGACAUUCUGCAGGGUGGCUAAAGACAACUGCUUGGGCUAGCAGCUCAUGCCACUUUAUGAAUGUCCUGUUUCCCUCUAGUGAAUACAAGUUUGUAAUGGCAAAUGUAUAGCCCCGAAAGUGGGAGGAAAUGAGGUGCACUACCAUGGUUCUUCAGAAGACGUAUCUGUGCAUAUUCCUUGUCAAAUAAGUUGUGGCUCCCUCGAAUCUCUCCCUUCUCUUUUAAAUCUCAUUCUUAUUCCUAUUCCAGGGUAAUAUUAUGCAGAUUCCAAGGGUACAUUCUGAGAUGAAAGACUUUGGUGAAUCUUUAAUGAUUGAAAUAGAAAAUGAAACACAUUUGAAGUGUUUGCCCUGCAAAGAGUAAGCGUAGAAAACAUUUAGCCCCUUUCAGCUACAUCAUAUCCAGAUUUAUGGCUUUCUGGUGUACUGUGGACCAAAGAGUGUAUACAUCGGACUAUGUUUACAGGCAUCGCUGCUAUAUUUCUACUGGUUUCCAUUUCUAACCAUAAUAUAGAUAACUUCUACAUUCAUUAAUAUUAAAAGCGACAUCCUGAUUGAUGGACACUGCAGAGUUGAAAAAAGUUAAAUGGAAGUCACAAUUAAACUACAAGAUAUCAAAUGUUACUGAAAUCUUAAAAGCAUAAUGGAAUUUUUAUUUCAUUAAGUUUAAAUCUAUACUUUUCAAUUUAUGUUUCAAUUCUAUACAUUUGAAAUUUGUGUUUCAAUUCUUUAAAAUGCUGCUAAGAGAGGUAUGAAUCAGGCAAUCAAAACAGUAGAGCACACUUGAAGAAAGAGGGUAUGCUUCAAUGAAAUGCAUUCCUCCUUUCCUCCAGUUUUUAGAGACCUCUUCAGUCCUUAUCUUUGAUAUUGCCAAUAAUAAACCACUUCCUGUGGAAAUAAGAUAA